UCAUGCUGCUGCCAGGUCCACAGUGUCUCAUGGGUCCCUGUACGGCCUCCCAUUGCUGCUGUCUCCAUCGCCACACUCUGCCAUGUGCCACUUUCAGGUCUCCUCACACUGCUGGUGUGUUCCAUUUUUUGUCAUAGGGUGCUGGCAGAUUACGGGCCUCCCAUUGCUGCUGCCAGGCCCGUAAUCUGCCAUGGGCCCCUGUACCCCGCCUCCUCAUGCUGCUGCCAGGUCCACAGUGUCUCAUGGGUCCCUGUACGGCCUCCCAUUGCUGCUGUCUCCAUCGCCACACUCUGCCAUGUGCCACUUUCAGGUCUCCUCACACUGCUGGUGUGUUCCAUUUUUUGU